UCCACCCAGGCGGUGUGCUGUGCGUGGGCAGUGACCAGUGUUCCCGGCUGGCCCCCCAUCCUGUUAGACCAGCUGCCCUCGGCUCAGAACUGCUCCACAGGCACCAUGAGGAGUGCCCUGCUGUUUGCAGCCAUCCUGGCCAUCAGCCUGGCUUCCAGUUUUGGGGCUGUCUGUGAGGACUCACAGGAGCAAGUGGUGCCUGGUGGGGGCCACGGCAAGGCGAAUAACCGCAGGGGCCGGGUUGAAAUGCAGAUCUUCUCGGACUCGGACCUCUACCAGUUGCCCCCGUCAUUGCUCCGGAAGCUCUAUGACAGUGGCUCAGUCUCUCUGGAAGGAUUGCUCAAAAUGCUGAGCAAGGCUAGCGUGGAUCCUAAGGAAUCGCCACUUCCCCAGAAACGUGACAUGCAUGACUUCUUCGUGGGACUUAUGGGCAAGAGGAACAUCCAGCCAGACACUCCUGUUGAUGUAAAUCAAGAGAAGGUCCCCAGCUUUGGCACCCUCCAGUAUCCCCCCAGUGCGGAAUAAGCUCUCUACUUCUGGACCCCUGGGCUGCAUCAUGAAGACACCUGUUAUGCUCUCCCAACUGCCAGCUGCACACGCUCCUCCUUCCCUUUCUUUCCCCCAUUCUUGUAACACGGCUGUGCUUUGAUGCCUUCUCCAUCCCUCUAUCCUGCUGUGAUGUAGAAACCGCAGAGUGAGCAUCCUCGGCCCCAGUGGGCAUUGACUAUACAUUUCCCCGGGUUUCUGGAGUGUCCUUUGUUAAAAAUAUGAUGUCUCUCUCUACUCAA